AUGCAUUAAGUACGAUUUUCAUUAUUAGUAAUUUAUUUUGAAUUUUCUUUUUUUCAUUUAAUAGUUCUUUUUUCCAAUAAAUUUAUAACAUAUUAUAAAACGUAAAAGUAAUGGCUAUAAUAUUACAAAUAUUUGUAACUCCAUCUUAAAAUUGAUGAUACUUCAACGAGUUAGAUGUGUGGCAGACGACAGAGAAUUUUGCAAUCUGUCACUUCAAAGUUUAUUGCAAUAAUAUUUCUUUAAAUAUUAGUAAUUCUAUAAAAACAACUCUCAUCACGAAAAUUGCUUUAGUAAUUGAUGAUGUUAUGAGGAAAUAUAUUAGAUUGAAACGUAUGUAAACUAUCCAUAUUUCUGUUCGAAUUGAACAACAGGGUUAUGAGGCUCCAAUUUCGAAGUCUCGUUAUUCAUAAAUAUUUUUUCAAUAUUUUUUGUAUAAUUUGUAUAUUACAUGAUGGCUGAAAAAUGUAAGGAAUGUGGCUGCAAAUGUCUGGGCUGUAAUCAAAAUGAUCAGCAACAUGGAGAAAUGCAUUUGCAUGUAGAAAUAGAAAAUUUACGUCAACGUUUAUUAGAAAGAGAUAAUCAUAUUGUAACAAUGGAGACACAGUUUUUAAAUGAAGCUGACAAGUUUCCAAAUGGAGAAUUAGCCUCUAUGAAGGAAGAACUUUUAAUUUGGCAAGAAAAGUAUUCAAGAUUAUAUGAGGCUCAUAAACGUGUUCAGAAAGUAAAUCAAAAUCUUGAAGAUAAAUUAUUGAGGAUUGUAGAUAAAUGUGAAACAGAAAAAAGUGCAUUUACUAAGGAUAUUGCAACUUUAUCUCAUAGAUUAGCUGAUGCAAAUUAUACUAUACAUCGUUUAACUCAAGAUAAUGAAAAAUAUAGGAAUGAUGUAAACUUGGCAAUACAACUUCUUCAAUGUAAACCUUCUAAUUUUGUUGGACAAAAAUAUGAUUCUUUACCUUCCGAAGUACAAGCCAAAGUUAGGACAUACAUUGCACAAAAGAAACAUUCUAAUGAUACUACAUCUCCUGAUAUAAAAAGUAUUACAGUACCAAUUUCAACAUUUCCUCCAACAGCAAUGGUUUAUAAUGUAACUAAACCUACAAUUGAAAACAAUAGUGAUGAUGAAACAGAUGAAUCUAAACCACCAGUGGAUGUUGUCUCGGCAGCGAUAAUGGCGAAAGUUUUAGAAGAUCGAGAGAAAGAAAGAGUAUUUGGAAAGCAUUGCGAUACAUGUACUUGCCAUAGAAGUAUUUUAAUGGUUGAUGCUGAAACUCAAACUAAUAUGCCAAAUGUUUUUUCUUGUAAUGAAUGUACAACAAUGUAUGCACAAAAUGUAGAGAAACGUUCUGAUAAUUUAAAAAAUAUCGAUAAAAAUUGUCAAAAUAAAGGAAGUCAAAAUUCAGUGGUACAUGUAAUCUAUCAUGAAGGAAAUGAAAGUGUUAGUAGUAAAGUACAGUAUCAGAAUAAUUGUACAAAGAAUAGUAAUCAUCAACAACUAUGCACAAAAGAUAAAUUUUUAAAUAGAAAUAGUAAAAUUAUAGACAGUUUAAAAGAUGAUAAUCGUGUAAAUGUUAAUACAAAACUUAAUUUUAAUAAAAAGAAUUCAUUACGUCAUAAUGAUAUCGUCAAUACGUCACAACAUCAAAGUAUAUUUCAAAAUCAAAACGAAAAUACGACUAAACAGGCAAUAUCUUAUAAGAUUAAUGAUACAUGUGUUAAUGGUAAAACAAAUAUUGAUAAAGGAAAACAAACGAAACUGAAUAAAAAAUGUGAAUUACAAAUUGAUGGUAAAUUUAAUCCAAAUUCUUGGAAUAAAUUGGAUAAGAAAUCUUCUAAUUGUAUAGUUCCUGAAAAUUGUAAAAAUUACUUUGAUAAAAAAGAACAGAGUCACAUCGAUAUUAUCAACGAUAGAUUAUGGAAAAAUGAAUGGACGAGAUUAAAAUCACAGACGAAAGAAAGCAAAGACAAAAUUAACAGUGAUAUUGAGAUUGAUAUAAUUAAUGAUAGGGUUUGGAAAAAUGAUAGAUCAACUCAAGAAACACAACAUGCAACACAAUUAACUUUAAUAGAAGUUAAGAAUAUUGAUAAUGUUGCGCAUCAAAAUGAUUCUGGACAAAUGGAAGUGGCCACUAGUCCAACUUUUAGUAGCGAUAGUAUUGUAAUUUCAACUUCCGAUCCUUCCAGUAGUUCUAGUGAUGUCGUUCAAUUAACUGGAAUGCGUGUGCAUAAUGCAUUAGGUAAUUUGAAACCUAAUACACAAAAUAGAAUAACCGGUCCAAGGAAUUGUCUCGUUAGAGUAACACCUGGAUCGAAGAAUAUUCUUUUAGAUAAUGCUGGUCAUUAUAAAACUGUGUUAUAUACUAGUGGAAAUAAUAAACCAAAUACCGCUUUAGUUCAUUCGAAAAAGAUGUCUCGAUCUGGAUCCGAAAGAUCAAUUUCAACUAGUAGCGAAGAAAGCACACCGAUGUUGUUACAUGACAAUAACCAAUUACAAAGAGUAGCCGAAUGGGUUCAAUCGUCGGUUCACAUGGAUAAUUCUGGAUCAAAUUACACGGAAUUAAAGCCAAAUGAAAACAUAAUAGAUAAUAAAAAUCUUUCUUUAACAUAUUUAGACGAGUCCCAAACAAAUUGCAAAUCAAUUGAAAAUAAUCGGGAAUCAUAUGACAAUUCUUCAGAAAAUAAAUGCAACAGUUUGAUAAUGGAAGAAAUUCAAGAAUUUGGAAUCAGAAAUUUAAAUAAUGCUGUAAAUAAUUUUUCAUUGGAUGUAAAUAAUACUGAUUUAGAAAAAGAGAAAGAUUUAAUAUCUUUCGAUAUUCCAAUUGAAGAGGAGAAAGUUUUGCCUAAAACAUUAAAAAAAGGAAUCACUGCAGAUUUUGAUUACGAAGUCAAGAUUACUAAAGAAAUGGAAGAAACUUAUUUAAAACUUGCAGCGAGUUUAGAUCCUGUGGCAUUAAGUUUAUCGAGCACGGAUAACGUGGAUUUAACGAUUGAAAAAUAUAGGAAAGAUCACAAGAGAUUUCAAAAGAAUCAUGAUAAAACGGGAUCAAAAGUGUAAAGUAUACCAGCAAAUAUUUCAAAAAAAUUAUUACUAUUUCAGCAGGGAGUUCCUUUAAAAAUAAAACAGAGCAUUAUUUUUUGUAACUACGUGAAACUAAGGCUGUACCAAGAACAGUAGCGUAAAGUAAAACAUUCUAUAUUCACAUAUACACUAUAUUGCAGUUGUAGAAUCAUAUUUAUUUAAUUUGUAUAGCUAAUAAUAAUAAUGAUAUCGUAAUAUUUUUGUUUUGUGAAUAAAAAUUGAAUUUCAUAGCAAUUAUGCAAUGUUGCUAGAUAGAAUAUUAUUUAUUAACUACUUUAGUAAAUUCUAUUAUAAUUAAUAUGCAUAAUUUAAUUCCAACUAACUAAAAAUUGAUUAUAUCUUUUAUUCAAUUCUUUUUUUAUUUCAAGGAUAUUGAAAAACUUUAUUUAAGAAUGUAAUAUGUCUUAUUUUUCUUCUUUCUUCAUUCUGUACAGUUUUGUACAGAUCAAUCGAAAUAUGAAAUAUGACUCGAUUAAAUUAGAUGUCCAAACUUUUAUUCUUGUUACUGCGAUACUGCGAUUAAAUAUUAUAUUAGGAUAAAUUGCGUUCGGGUGUAUUAAAACGAGACAAUAUUAAACAAAAAAUUCAUUGUCAAAUUGUCGAAAUUUUACACUUAUAGUGUAAUACAUUAGAAUAUAGCGUGCUAUUUCCAAUCAUUGGAAUCACAGAACGCGAAUAUUUCGCGUUGUAAAAUGAAAUCUUUUAAAAUUCAUUCAAUAGAAGAGGAACACCGAAACGAACGACGAUAGUAUUUUAACGUAUAAACGAAAUUUUAUCAUCGUAAACGGGUAAACGAUGUUAUAUUUUCCUUGUAUGCAUGUGCAAGUAUGGCAGAAUACAGUAAUGACAAUAUCAAGAUUCUUAUUAAUUAUUAUAAAAUGUAUCCGUGAAAUUUUUCAUUAAUUUCGUACUCGCAACAAAAUAAAUAUCAUUAUAAAAAUCAAGUACGAGAAACGUUUUAUGUAAUAAAAAUUUGUUUCGCGCAAAGAUCUGUAUUAAAGAAUAAUUAUGGUACCAAAGUUAAUACAUUUGAUAUUUCUUUAAUGUCUCACUUAAUGUAUCGUAGUAUAAUUAUUCACUUUAUUUUGCAUGUUUUAUUACGAGUUUAUUUUAAAAAAUGCUUAAAAUCCCUGCGACAAAGAUGAAAGUUAUAAUACUCCAGGCGCAUAAUUAAAAUAAACUCGAUAAUUAUCUGAUUUCAAUUGUAACCCAAACUCGCUGUGCUUCGAUCGAAUUGAAAUCGGUCUUUUAAAGAAAGAAAGAAAAAAAAAAAAAAAAAGAAAGAAAAGAAAAAAAAAGAAAAAAAUACCGAUGAAGAGAAAAAAAAUAUAAACUUUUACUCAAUCUUCGAGUAUUUUAGCGUUAUUUUAUGGCAAUAAAAAAAAUUACUUCAAUAUUAUUCCUUAUAUUGUACUUUUACAAAUAAUUACAGAUAAACAAUAAAUUGAUCAGUAUCGCAAAUAUAACUUAAGAAAAAGAUAAAUAAAUAAAAUAAAAUUAAUUGAUAAUUAUUGUCUUACGGAGAAACAUUUAACGAUCACUAUAAUAAUUAUAUUCGUUAAUGAUUUUUCUCGAAUGAAAGAUUAAAUAAAAUUGCCGAUGUUUAUAAUUCAACGUAUCCACGACGUUUCAAAAAUAAGAUAUUAUUGCGUUUCAUGAUAAACAUAAGUGCAUAUUACGAGCAAACGCAAAAAUUAAUGUUUCUGCCUGUUUUUUCCAUUUAUGCAAUAAUGUAUUCUGCGUGGAACAGAGAGUUGCGAUGUAAUAAUCGAGAAUGUGCAUUCAGGAAAUGAAUUAAAGAUGACCAUCUAUCGUGGACAUCGCGUUAAAGUUGUAAAUUUAUGCGCAAAAUUAAAAAAAAAAAAAUAUUAUACGAGCAUUAGCGUAUUACAGCAAGAGGAAAAGCAAACUUUUCGCGUUCAAGGCGAACGUCGGAACGAUUGCGUAUUUUUAGGCUGUUCACCUAUGCGUAAACUCCAGAAACGAUGAAAUUCGUACCGAAACUUCGCAUAUUUCGCAAAACCGAUUGAUUUUCAUCGUGGCUCGUUAAGCGCAACGCGUUUUGAGUUAACGACCAUUAAUUAAGGAGGGUGCAUGAGUCACCGGUAUAUCGGUGCUUGAGUUCUGAAUAUACAAAGAGCAAAUGAAAAUAUCGAUUGAGAACAAGUCGCCAAAUAUAUUUCCGUCGGUUUCAAUAUUCUCUCAGGUGAGAACCAACAUCUCCCCAAGAUAUCACCUUAGAAAAUUAGAAGGAUUAAUUAUUUGGAUUGGAUAAUUGGAAUGUUGGAAAAAAGAAGCGGUGCUUUAAAAAUUUACUUAAGCUCAUGAUGAUCGAGGAAUGAGAUGUUCAGUAGUUUGAAUUUAAAUUAAAAUUUCUUCUUUUUCAGAAUUUUGAAGAUAUCAUUCUUCGAUAUCUAUAUCGUAUGGCAAAUAAAAUUCAUGUUCAUUAUAAAUUAAUAUUUUUAUCUAUAUUUAUUAAAUAAAUUAAAUACUGUAAAAAAAAGAGGAAGUAAGAAAUCGUGUAAUAUAUAUUAGUGCAAGAAUUAGAAUCAAGUAAAUAAAGAUACACGAGGCUUUAUCGAAUCGUACGUUCAAGAUUGCACCGUAUUUUACGGUUUUGCACUCAUGAGCGCGUAUGUUUCGCUUUGAUUCAUUUUACGAAUAACACAAUAUUGUGAAAUGCGUAUUGUAUCGAUAGGAAAACAGUUAGAAGAACAAUGAGAUAUCUUUGAUUUUUUUUUUUUUUUUUUUUUUUUAAUUAGCUUAUUAUACAUUCUUUAGACUCGGAAUAAAGAGGAAUAGCGAGGAGGGCUUAGCGUCGAAAGAUCAAACGCAGAUCUAUGAAUUUGAAUACAAAGAUACUGUAAAUGCAUUGAGGUGUAUCGUUGCGGCUGAGUUUUCAUUGAAACGGACUGAUCGCUUUGAAUUACAUCCUGUAGUAAACAGUUACCCAUUAACUCGAAAUCAGAUGUACCAUGUGUAACGUGGCGACGAUAAUAAUGUAAACUGUACAUAUACAGUGAAAUAAAAUGUAUUUAAAGAAGCGAA